GCCAGCGGGAGGAUGCGGAGCCAUGGGCCAGGCUUGCGGCCACGCCAUCCUCUGCCGGAGCCAGCAGUACCAGCCCGCGGCGUCUGACAUACGGGGCCAGCAAGUGUUCCUGAAGGCCGGGGAUGCCGCCCCUUCCGUGGAGACGCUACAGGAUGCCUUGCUGAGCCUGGGCUCCGUAAUCGACAUCUCGAGCCUCCGGGAAGUCAUCAAAGAUGCCAUUGCUUCGGUGCUCCCCAAAGUGGAAAGAGUCUACGUCUACGUCCUGGAUGGGGAGACUCGCCUGACGUGCAAUGACCCACCCCACGAGUUACCGCAGGAGGGAAGACUCAGAGAUGCCGUCCUCAAGCAGAAAAGGGUGGACUGCAGCGGACUGCCGCUGGCUGAGCUGCAGGGAAAGCCCAUGGCCGGCUUGGCCGCACCGCUAGCCCCAGAUAAGCAAGUAUUAAUAAUCCCCCUGGUGGACCAGGAUGCCGGGACGGUUGUUUGCGUCAUCCUGAUCCUGGUGUCCUACAAGCGCAUCCAAGCCCUGCAGAAGCUGCAGCCGUGGCCGCAGGUCAUCCUGUCCACCAGCUCAUCGCAAAACUCCCUGGCGAAAACGGGCGGGUCGCCCAAGAGCAGCUACAGCGACUUGGACCGCAAGAUCCUCCAAUUGUGCGGGGAGCUGUAUGACUUGGACGCCGCCUCGCUCCAGCUCAAAGUCAUUAAUUAUCUGAAACAGGAGACGCAGUCCCCAUGUUGCUGCCUCCUGCUGGUGUCAGAAGAUAACAACCAGCUUUUCUGUCAGGUUGUUGGAGAUAAGGUGUUGGAGGAGGAGAUCAGCUUCCCGUUAACGGUUGGACGUCUGGGAAAGGUUGUAGAGGAGAAGAAACCCAUCACGCUGCAAGACAUCAGCUUGGAAGAACACAAGCAGCUGGGCAACAUGCUGGGCUUCGAGGUGACGGCCAUGCUCUGCGUCCCCGUCAUCAGCAGGGCCACGUCCCAGGUGGUGGCUCUGGCGUGCGCCUUCAACAAGCUCGGGGGAGAGAGCUACACGGAAACGGACGAGCGCAAGAUCCAGCACUGCUUCCGCUACACCUCCACGGUGCUGACCAGCACGCUGGCCUUCCAGAAGGAGCAGAAACUCAAAUGCGAGUGUCAGGCUCUUUUGCAAGUGGCCAAGAAUCUCUUCACACACCUGGAUGACGUGUCGGUGCUGCUGCAGGAGAUCAUCACGGAAGCGCGGAAUCUCAGCAAUGCCGAAAUAUGCUCAGUGUUCCUCCUGGACAGAAUCAGCCAUGAACUGGUGGCCAAAGUAUUUGAUGGUGGUGUGGUGGAUGAUGAGAGCUAUGAAAUCCGGAUCCCGGCAGAUCAGGGCAUAGCAGGUCACGUGGCAACAACGGGGAAAAUCCUCAACAUCAAGGAUGCGUAUUCCCAUCCCCUCUUCUACCGUGGUGUGGAUGACAGCACUGGGUUCCGGACCAGGAAUAUCCUCUGCUUCCCCAUCAAGGACGAGAACCAGGAUGUCAUCGGAGUGGCUGAGUUGGUCAACAAAAUCAAUGGACCUUGGUUCAGCAAGUUUGAUGAGGACCUGGCCACCGCAUUCUCCAUCUACUGUGGCAUCAGCAUUGCCCAUUCUCUGCUCUACAAGAAAGUCCAUGAGGCCCAGUACCGAAGCCACCUGGCCAACGAGAUGAUGAUGUACCAUAUGAAGGUAUCUGACGAUGAAUAUACCAAGCUUCUCGAUGAAGGAAUCAAGCCAGUUUUAGCCAUUGACUCAAGCUUUGCUCAGUUCACGUACACGCCGCGUUCUCUCCCUGAGGACGACACGUCUAUGGCCAUUCUGAGCAUGUUGCAGGACAUGAACUUCAUCAGUAGCUACAAAAUUGACCGCCAAACGCUUGUCAGGUUCUGCCUGAUGGUGAAAAAGGGAUACAGGGACCCUCCCUACCACAACUGGACCCAUGCCUUCUCUGUCUCCCACUUCUGCUACCUGCUCUACAAAAACCUGGAGCUGGUCAAUUACCUGGAAGACAUCGAAAUCUUUGCCCUGUUCAUCUCCUGCAUGUGCCACGACCUGGACCACCGGGGCACCAAUAACUCUUUCCAGGUGGCUUCGAAAUCGGUCCUGGCUGCCCUGUACAGCUCAGAAGGCUCCGUGAUGGAGAGGCACCAUUUUGCCCAGGCUAUCGCCAUCCUGAACACCCACGGCUGUAACAUCUUUGAUCAUUUCUCGCGGAAGGAUUACCAAAGGAUGCUGGAUUUGAUGCGGGACAUUAUCCUGGCCACCGACCUUGCUCACCAUUUAAGGAUCUUCAAAGACCUCCAGAAAAUGGCGGAAGUUGGCUAUGACCCCAAGAACAAGCAUCACCACAGCCUCCUGCUGUGCCUUCUCAUGACCUCAUGCGACCUCUCAGACCAGACGAAAGGCUGGAAAACCACCCGCAAGAUAGCAGAACUGAUCUACAAGGAGUUCUUCUCCCAGGGAGACCUGGAGAAAGCCAUGGGCAACCGGCCAAUGGAGAUGAUGGACCGGGAGAAAGCCUACAUCCCUGAGCUGCAGAUCAGCUUCAUGGAGCACAUCGCCAUGCCUAUCUACAAGUUGCUCCAGGACCUCUUCCCCAAGUCAACCGAGCUGUACGAGAGAGUGGCCAGCAACCGGGAGCACUGGACCAAAGUGUCACACAAGUUCACCAUCCGGGGCCUCCCCAGCAACAACUCCCUGGACUUUCUGGACGAGGAGUACGACCUGCAGACCAUGGGCGACAACAAUGGCAUCAGGAUGAACGGGUGCCUGGACUCUGAAGAGGGGCACAUGGAGGCGGAGCUGGAAUGACAUCCCGCCUCCCCGCUUGUACGGACCGGACACACACAAGUGCGACUUUGUAACCCUUUCCCUCCUGGGAAAGGAUGGGGCUGAUUUUGGAAACAAA